AGAGCGAAUCGAAUAGGUGUGAAAUGAAGUACCUUCUGCUGUCGUUGCCCUUCUUGUUCUGUAUCAAACUCUACGAAACGAAAGCAGUAAUCACAACAGAUGCUGGAGAGCCCUUCUUCCUCAAAAGACCGUCUCUGGAGGCCUACAACGCACAAAGGAAACAUGUCAUCGAAGCACAGGAACGACGCUUUUUGGGUGCUAGUUUGAACCUGACCAACGAGGAGGAGAUUGUCAAUCGGCACAUAAUGAAACUGAAGCGGCUGGAAUUGGAUGAAGGAUUCAAGGAUAGCUUUGAAUUCAUUCCGGCGCGACAUAUCUUCGAAAAGUUGGAUCAACUGAACAGCUCAAAGCUGUUUCAAUUCAUUCGUCGAAUUCCGAAAGGAGCGGUGCUGCAUGCCCACGACUCUGCAAUAGGGAGCACAGACUUGCUGAUUAAUGCCACGUAUAGACCUUAUCUGUGGCAAAAUGGACGGUUCGAGCAGAACACGCCUCCGGCUUUUAUAUUCUCUAAAACUAAACCCGCCGGAAAGGGUUGGGAACUUGUGUCUGAUAUACGCAAUGAAAUGAAAGCCGAGAUUUACGAUGAAAAGUUGAGAGAUUUAUUUGGAUUAUACACCAAGGAUCCAAUCAAUGCCUUCAGAAGCAUCAAUGUUGUUUGGGAUAAAUUCCAACAGCUUUUCGUCAUCAUAGAGCCAAUUGUUAGUUAUGAACCAGUAUGGAGACAGUAUUACUAUGAUUCCUUGAAAGAAUAUUACGACGACCAGGUUAGCUACUUGGAACUACGAGGAGUUCUGCCAGAGGUGUAUGACCUCACCGGGAAGAUUUACACUCCAGAGGAAGUUGUUCAAAUAUAUGUGGACGAGACAGAGAGAUUCAUGAAAAAUUAUCCAAAUUUCCUUGGAGCUAAAUUUGUGUAUGCUCCCCAAGGUUUCGGAGAUGACGAUGUUUUUCGUGGUCUCAUCAACAUUUUGAAAAGAUUGCACGAAAAGUUUCCUAAGUUUGUGGCUGGAUUCGAUUUGGUCGGUCAGGAGGAUAAAAGAAGACCGCUGUUGGACUUCGUUCCCGAGUUUCUGAAGUUACCAGAGUCUAUUCAAUUCUUCUUCCACGCGGGAGAGACAAACUGGUUCGGAAUGAAAAGUGAUGCAAAUAUGAUUGAUGCAAUCCUUCUAGGGACCAAACGUAUCGGCCAUGGUUUUCCACUGAUCAAGCAUCCCCUUUUACUAGAAGUAAUCAAACGGAAACAGAUAUGCGUCGAAGUUAACCCUAUAUCGAACCAGGUGCUCAAACUGGUUGAAGACUUCAGAAAUCACCCGGCAGCGCUACUUUUCGUCGAUGAUUACCCCGUAGUUGUAUCCUCUGACGAUCGAUCCUUCUGGCGAGCAACUCCACUAAGCCAUGAUUUUUAUAUGGCAUUUCUAGGGAUCGCUUCUGCUCAGCACGAUCUACGGCUGCUUAAGCAGCUGGCGAUCAAUUCAAUUCGGUUCAGCGCUAUGGACGAUUUGGAGAAAACUAGGGCCAUGAGUAAAUGGGAAGUACUUACAGCCGAAUCGCAAACACAAGUGCUGAACUGUGGAAAGAAUCAUCAGUACUCGAAAACCGAUCUUGAGUAUAAACUUCGGAUGCUGCAGUUGAGGAAGGACUACCAGCAGCUGGCCAAAAUCAGUUCAGAUCGCUGCCCACCAAGAAUCGUAGGAUUGAUUAAGAAGAAAUCAAUACGUCGAGAGGAUCGAUUUUCGCAGGAAGAUUUCGAUUACAAAAUAAAGACGCUACUGCUGAGAUGCGAUCUUCCCCAAGUCGUUGGUAAAAACGGCACAAGAAUUCCUGCUCCGAGGAUUGUUGAAGCAAUACCAAAAACUAUACAAGGCGAAGAAAGUAGGAAGAUGAUUCAGUUCUUCGAGAUGACAAUAUGACGUGGAGUGUAUUGAGAAAAAGCAAUGUAGAUGCAAAAACUACGAGCCAAGAUGCCAUGUUAUGAAACAGUACUACUAGAACUAGACAAA